CAUGGUGGCGGAGAUCGCAGACGCGACCGUGGGGAGCCGACUCGCGGGCACGAAGAACAAGACCAGCCGCGAGGAGGUCUUGCAGCGGGCCCGGGAGCUGGGCAUCCCCGAGCAGGAGACGCUGUGGCUGUGGAUCGCGGCGCUGUCCAUGAACUCCGCCCUGCCCGAGGGAUGGAACGAGUUUCAAGACGAUCAGGGCGAGACCGCGUUCUACCAUCCGAAGACGAAGCGGCUGCAGAGGACACACCCCGUGCUGGACAGGUUUCGCCAGCUCUACAAGAAAUGCAAGUCGUUCAACGAUCGCUCUGCCAAGCUGGACUCGGUCGCGAAGCAAGAGAGUACGAUCACAGUCAUCAUGAACGAGGUCUUGAAUCGCUGCAUGCGGGAGCUGCCCCCGGCGACGCCCGAGAUAAUCGAGCGGCUGGCUUUGCUUCUCGCCAUCAACACAGCGGAGGACUUUAAGAUGACGAACAAGCUCAAGAUCUUGACAGUCGAGUUCGCCGAACAGCAGUACGAGACGCUCAACGCCACCAGGACCAAGCUGACGGUGCAGGGCUUCCUGGAUCAGGUCCGCAUGGAUUUUGUGCGGAUCGAGGUGAUCGAGAAGCCAGAGAGCACGGUCAUGUGCUGCGAGUACCCAGACAGGCCUGCGAUGGUCAAGGAUCUCGUGACGUUCGAUUUCUACUCGCUGGAGGGCUUCGCGGCAACGCACUCCCAAGGCAAGAGGCGGAACCAUGAGACUGCCAAGGUCGAGCAACUCGUUUGCAGCAUCUUCCCGCAGAAGCUCGCCACUUGCGAGGUGGACCACACCUACUUCAGCAGUGAAGGCUACAGAGAGGCGCUGAAGAAGAACCCGAACCUGCGCUCGAAGCACAUGAAGAUGAUAGGAGGCUACACGUGCAUGGAGUACCCCGACAAGAGAGCGGAAGUGCUGACGGAGGACACUUUGGAGUUCUUGUCGUGGGAGGGCUACUUCAAGCUCCACCGCAGGAGGGCACUGACCGGCAGACUUUACCACUUUCUGCUCACGAUCGACGAGGACGGCUACUUCUACCGCAGGGGCACGAAGCUGCCGCCCGAGGAGCGCAGCAAGCUCGUGGACAAGGCCUCGUUCCUGCGCGACGGCGGGCCCUGGAUCCAGUUCCAGGACGACCAGCUGGACGCGUACUGGUACAACUUCGCCGACAAGGUCGUGACUCACGACAACCCGUACUUCAGCUACGCCGCCGACGGCGGCGAGGGCGGCGACGCCUGA